AUGAAAGCCAUGGAGGAUCAGGUUGUGCAGGAAGAAUCUGCAUAUCAGGAUGAGGAGGAUUCUCUAUUUCAAGACAUUGAUCUGUUACAAAAGCAUGGCAUUAACAUGGUUGAUAUCAAGAAGCUGAAAUCGGUGGGAAUCUGUACUAUCAAAGGGAUCCAGAUGACAACAAGGAGGGCCCUAUGCAAUGUCAAAGGCCUCUCUGAAGCCAAAGUGGACAAGAUUAAAGAGGCAGCCAACAAACUCAUUGAACCAGGAUUUGUGACUGCAUUUGAGUACAGCGAGAAGCGGAAAAUGGUUUUCCAUGUCACUACUGGGAGCCAGGAAUUUGAUAAGCUGCUGGGCGGGGGAAUUGAAAGUAUGGCAAUUACCGAAGCUUUUGGAGAAUUUCGCACAGGAAAAACCCAGCUUUCACAUACUCUCUGUGUGACGGCUCAGCUUCCAGGAGCAGGCGGCUACCCAGGGGGGAAAAUUAUUUUCAUUGACACGGAAAAUACUUUCCGUCCAGAUCGCCUUCGAGACAUUGCUGAUCGCUUCAACUUAGAUCACGACGCAGUACUGGACAAUGUACUCUACGCACGAGCAUAUACCAGUGAACAUCAGAUGGAGCUACUCGAUUAUGUAGCAGCUAAGUUCCAUGAAGAGGCUGGUAUCUUCAAGCUACUGAUCAUUGACUCAAUAAUGGCACUGUUCCGCGUGGAUUUCAGUGGUCGGGGAGAGCUGGCUGAGCGGCAACAGAAACUUGCUCAGAUGCUGUCACGGCUCCAGAAGAUCUCAGAAGAAUACAAUGUAGCUGUGUUCGUGACCAACCAGAUGACUUCUGAUCCAGGAGCGACCAUGUCCUUUCAGGCAGACCCUAAAAAGCCCAUUGGGGGCCACAUCCUGGCACAUGCUUCAACCACAAGGAUCAGUUUGCGGAAGGGGAGAGGAGAACUGCGCAUUGCCAAGAUUUAUGACAGCCCUGAGAUGCCUGAAAAUGAAGCCACCUUCGCAAUAACUGCUGGAGGGAUUGGGGAUGCCAAAGAAUAGGUGGAGGAUGUGGGGGGGCACGUCGAUUGCUCGUCAGGCUUUCCAAGGAGCCAGAGCAAUGGAAAGAAAACCACACAUUUUCAGAGCACCAUUGAUGGACUCAGUUUUUGUUUUGUUUUUAUUAUUUCAUCCGGGGAGGGUGUUUAAAGAAGGGAAGAUAGUAAAAUGGAUUACAAUUUUACUGAUUUUAAGAGCACCCGAUUUACUGAAUUCAUCCUGUAAUAGGGUGCCUCCAAGGAAGCAGAAAUUCAGAGACAAGAAAUAAGAAAUUCAGAGCCUUUGCCCUUUGCCAGGGACACAUUUUCUGUAAAACUGAGUGUGAGUCUACCUUCAAAGUGGGAAAGGUUUGCAUAUUUUGGAAAAAGAUGCUUUCUAAGUUCUGGGAGGAAAACCCUAUUUAUUUUCAAUCACAAAUAAAGCUGCUCACAUCGUUUUAACAGCAACAAACAGAUGGAAUUAGCAUUUUUGGCCAUCUGAUUUCUGGCUCCAGCAACUUUUUAAAGAGCAAUCAAUACAUUGAGAUUCAAAGAGCUAGGGAAAGAGGGGAGUUGAGCAUUUGGCAGUAUUAGGUCUGGGGAACAGCAUGAUUUGUUUUUUCAGGCUUCAAAAGUUCUAACUUCAACAGAUGAUUUCAGUUUUAAAUGCUUUUGAAAUACUUUGAAUGUAUUAUUU